CCACGCGGCGACAGCAGCGGUGAGACGAGGCUUAAAUUGUCCGUGUUGCAUACGACGAAUUUCCGGCCACAUCAGCCCCCCUUAACCCCGCUUGCAUGCAUCGCAUCUCAGGUUACAAAGAAGUGCUGUACUCAAGACUGCAUUGAGGACGGCUUAAGUUGCAACGCUCUUCUCAUCAUGUCAGUACCUUCAGCUGCCCUGAUGCUGCUGCUGGCGUCUGGAUCAGCCUUGGCAAUCAAUUUGGGUUUAGGGGAAGUAAAACAUCCUAAUGGUUUGACCAUUUGGAACGUGAACUGUUCCCUGGAAGAGCUCUAUCCUGGCCCCGAGUGCAACCAGUUUUUCAUGUGCGUGGAUGGACUUGCCAACGUUCGUCGGCUGGUGAGGUUCUCCUGUGGCGCUGGGACGGCUUUCAGUCCAAGGUCCUCCGUAUGUGUCCACUCCCCUAGCUGCGCUCCUGGAGUCCCAGCGACGCCACCACCUUCAGGUCCAACAACGAGUUCUGGUCCCGAGGUACAGGGAACACCGGGACCUGUUCAACCGAACAUUAGUGUUCUACCGGGGCCUAUUCCCCCACCCGGUGUGUUUCCACCCAUUUUCCCACCACAACCGAACUUCACCGUUCUACCCCCUGCACCCCCAGCUGCAGUUGUUCCUGACUCGACCACCGAUGAACCAGCCAGUGAACUGCCAGUCGGGCCCUCCGUCAGUUCAGUAGUCUCUGUUGUGGGUGGUGCUGCUGAGGAGGUCUUGCCUCCGGCUGCCCCGCCAUUGGAGGACCUCAAACAAUUUUCUCCUCUUAGUCGUCCGCUAAUUAACUUGGAUCCCUCGGCAAUCCUCUUCUUCGGGAGUGAUGAUUCCUUUGACUGCCCCCAAUACCAGCUCGACGAGACGAGUUUCGUGAACUGCACGAGAGAAGGCCGGUGGGAGCACACGGGAAGUUGCCAGAAAUUCUUCCAGUGCAUCCACACCAUGGACUGCAUCGUCAAGGGUUUCCAGUUCCGCUGCCCGGCCGGUUACGUGUUCGGAGCUCAAGAGAGUCGCUGUGUGCCUCAGCAGAGUCCGUGCGAGAAGCUCGAGCCUGUGCCGUCCGAAGGAUCCUUCGUGUUUCCUGUCAUCCAGCUGGACGAGGACGGUCUGCAGGACUUCGAGGUCGCCACGGUCUACUGGGACUAUAUGCCCUUCAUUGCUCAGGAGACCUAUGAGUGAUUCUUAGCCAUCGAUGCGGAGUACGUCAGGAGCUAUUUGCAAUGCGUGAACUAACCAAACUGCAACUUUAUAUAGAGAUAAAAGAGAUAAUACAUAAUUUAAAUAGGAAGUUCAUCGUUCUCACUGUAUUAGUUACGUAAAUCGUAAUUUCAUGCGAACACAGCUCGCCUCACAAUUUUAACCUAAAAAUUUCAGACCCGGUUUGUCUUACUUUUGAUUCUAACGGCCGGACAGGCGGCAAAGGGUUUUGAUGGGCAAAACUUCAUAUAAUAUAUAGAUUUUACAUGUUAUUCAGGGACUACUCAAACAGGGAGCUCUUUUAGCACAUGUAAUAUCAAUGUCCAUGGUCAUAGCGACGUGCUUGAAUCGUUGAAACGCUUUUUUGUGGCAUUUUAAGACCUUUAUAGUUUCGCUUGUAGCUUUCUUAGUUUGUUUCACGGGCUAAUUAUUCUUAACUCUGCUUAACUCUUUGCAUCGUCUGCUCGACCGCAGUUGCCUGUGUGGUAGCAGAACUGUUGAAGUACACAUUCGACCUAAAACCUUCAGGUUUAUAUUUAAAUUGGUUUACGUUCAAGCAAUGAGGCAAGCGUGGAUUCCACCUCUGCGAAAAACUUUAACGCAACACUACGAAGUUCAGCUCUUUCCUGCAUGAUUAUACUCACGGUUAAAAGCAUUUACUCUGAUUGUUUUCAAGGAGUAUCGAAGAAUAUCGAACAAAAAAGUUAUUUCUAAAAGCAAACGUAACUAAAAAAUUAAAUUCUAAUUUGUAUCAAACAUUUUUCAAAAUUUUAAGUAUCGUUGAUAAUUUCUGAGUAAAAUAGCGGUGAUUAGUUUUUGUCGAAAAUGUUACACGCCGCUAUUCAGGAUAUUAUUGUGUUCAAGUUCGCCCUAUGAAUUUGGCCUCAGUUUACACUGCUUUCCAGCACAUUAACUUUUGUUAAAUAAAUCUACUGCUGUAAAUCUACUAGAUCAGUAAUGAAAAUUUCUAAUUCAUAAUUUACUUUACAAUUUUAUACAAUUCGGAAAAUAGUUUUGCUGUCGCAGUGCAAAUUCAAUUAACUAAGAUUCACGCCCCUGUGCAGCUUCUUCGGAGCAAUAAAUCUGGUUUGCAAUA